AUGGAGCUAGUAUUGCAGUCUACAUAUAUGGUGGUGUCCACUAUGCAGACUGGUGGAGGCAACUCUAGUGGAGGGGCACCAGGAAACUCGACUGGGACUAUGAGAACUACAGGAGCUACCAGUGCUGAUGGAGGUGGCACGUUUAUCGACGUGUGGGCAAGUAACUUGGAAGAAGAGUUUGCAAGACUCCGAGAGAUCGUCAAGAAAUACCCCUACGUUGCCAUGGUAAGCCACACACAUCCCCAGUUCCAGUGUAGACUGACAAUUAGAUUGUGUUGUUUACCC